AUGUUCACUGCAAUGGAUUCCAAGAAAACCAGAAUAACGGUGCUGUUCGAAAGCUUGCAAGAUUUGGAGCAAAUUGCCCCGGAUUCGCAACAUGGCGCUGAUAACUCGGAAAGCAUCCAUAUCAAAGGUUCUGGCCAACAAGUUCAACACAGAACUGUUGUAAAUCACGUCGGUGAGUUUCAACAUGUACGCAUAACAUGGAAGGGCUCUACAAAUACCCAAACCCACGACAGUUUCCUCGAGGCACCCCUGAUGAACGGUCUAAACAUCUAUAUUGUAGCUGGUGAACCCAAUAAGCAAAUCAGUGGAGCCAUAAAGUCUGCCAAGUACCAAUUGAUUCAUUCAGAUUCUUUUGAUGAGAAUCUGGUGCGUGAAUAUCUUCCUGCAGAGGUUUUCGAGGUUGAUGAUUUGGAUUGGAAACUAAAAGACUACGAUAUAACGCUUGAUCGCAGAAAACAGAGAGCACAAAUCGACGAGUACUACGAGCUUGAGAACGGCCAUAAUCAAAACAUAUCGUACUUAGAUCGCUAUGGUAAGCUAGAAGUCGGUCUUUUCUUUCCAGAGUCUCCUGACAAAAUCGAUGUGCACCUCAACGGAGCUAUCUGUAACUGGAACCGCGAAGGCGUAAUUGAACAAUGCCAGAAAACCUACCUUUUUUACCAAAAGGCGCACGUCAUCAGCCCGGAAGGCCAGGGGAUACCCGUUGAUCUAUUGGAGCCCGUAGGUCUUCAUCCCACAUUUUCUGUGGACUUACGAAAUCGCACCUCGUCUGAUAACUGCGGCUAUUACCUAUAUCUAACGACCCCAGCGGAUAUUUUUCUAGACAAGUUCCAGUCUAGCCCCAUUUUUAUUGCAGGAGCUACGGAUUUGGAGGCACCAGAAUAUGCAGUAAAAGAUUCCAGCUGGGGUAUGGAAGCGUUACUUGCGCUGACGCCUGGACAGUUGAAUGAGGUGAAGCUACAUACGCGCUAUAUCCGACCCCAAUCUGCUGGGGGACACAAAUCGGUGAAUAUCUCGCCUGUGGUCUUUCAGGCUUGCGAUACGGAAUACGAUAACAUUCAUGAAAACCCAUUCUACUCAAAGUCCUCGGGAUUCGAUGCGCUUUUCACGAAUAAUACCCAUUUCAGUCAUCUCAACAGUUCGACAUAUGCCAUUAACAUCCCAGCAGCGACUGCCGAAGCUUAUGACUUCAUUCAGGUCGGAACCUGGGCAGCUUUGUUCCUCUCCACUUUGUACAUUCUGAUAAAAAUAUUCAAGAAAUAA